GCAGCUCUGCAGAGCGCCCAGGUGAGCACAGGGCCGGUGCUCAGCCACCUAGUGUUUACCAACUGUCCACCAACUGGACCCCACGUGCUCCUCCACCUGCUUGCUGGGACCCCUGUGUGCAGAGACACCUGGCUGCAGGGACCCCUCUGUGCACAGACACCUGGCCAGAAGGACCCCUCUGUGCACAGACACCUGGCCCUUGGACCCUUCUGUGCAAGGACACCUGGCCAGAAAGAUUCUGCUGUGCAUGGACAACUGACUGCAGGGAGCCCCUUGAGCUCCUGCUACCUGCCUGCCAGGACUCCUCUCUGUGGCCUGUGUCCCCCAGCAGCCUGAUGGGCCAGAAAACUCCUGAAAUUUACUCUGUGGAGCUCAAUGGAGCCAAAAACAUGCAGCAGGUGCAUAAGGUGGGUGGCCAGGAGAAGCAGAUCGGCCUGAAGAGACACCCGCAGGAGCUCCAGAAAGAACUGGAUCUGGAUGACCACAAGCUAAGCAAUAAGGAUCUGGAGAGAAAGCACGACACCAACAUUGUCACGGGGCUGAGCAGUACCCAGGCCACAGAGCGCUUGGCCCGGGAUGGGCCCAACACCCUCACACCACCCAAGGAGACCUCAGAGGUUGUCAAGUUCUUCCGGCAGAUGGUGGGUGGCUUUUCCAUCCUGCUGUGGAUUGGAGCAGUCCUGUGCUGGAUCGCAUAUGGGAUCCAGUAUUCCAAUGACAAGUCUGCGUCCCUGGACAAUGUGUACCUGGGAUCCGUGCUUGCCCUGGUGGUCAUUUUCACAGGGGUCUUUGCCUACUACCAGGAGGCCAAAAGCACCAACAUCAUGGCCAGCUUCAGCAAGAUGAUCCCCCAGCAAGCUCUGGUGGUCCGAGACUCAGAGAAGAAGACUGUGCCUGCCGAGCAGCUGGUGGUGGGGGACAUUGUGGAGGUUAAGGGAGGGGACCGUAUUCCUGCUGACAUCCGGCUGCUGUCUGCCCAGGGCUGUAAGGUGGAUAACUCUUCUCUCACGGGAGAGUCUGAGCCUCAGUCCCGCUCCUGUGAGUUCAGUCAUGACAGCCCCCUGGAGACCAAGAAUAUUGCCUUCUACUCCACCACUUGCCUGGAAGGCACAGCGACAGGCAUGGUCAUCAACACGGGGGACCGCACGGUCAUAGGCCAGAUUGCCUCCCUGGCUUCAGGUGUGGGGAAUGAGAAGACCCCCAUAGCUCUGGAGAUUGAGCACUUUGUCCACAUCGUGGCGGGUGUGGCAGUCUCCAUCGGCGUUCUCUUCUUCAUCAUCACUGUGUCCAUGAAGUACCGUGUCCUGGACUCCAUCAUCUUCCUCAUAAGCAUUAUCGUGGCCAACGUGCCCGAGGGCCUGCUGGCUACUGUCACCGUGACCCUGUCACUGACAGCCAAGCGCAUGGCCAAGAAGAACUGCCUGGUGAAAAACCUGGAGGCAGUGGAGACCCUGGGCUCCACGUCCAUCAUCUGCUCUGACAAGACCGGCACUUUGACGCAGAACAGGAUGACUGUGGCCCACCUGUGGUUUGACAACCAGAUUUUCAUGGCGGACACUAGCGAGGAUCACUUGAAUCAAGUGUUUGAUCAGAGCUCUGGAACCUGGACUUCCUUAUCGAAGAUCAUAGCCUUGUGUAACCGGGCCGAGUUCACACCAGGGCAGGAGAGCGUUCCCAUUAUGAAGAAAGCUGUGGUUGGUGAUGCCUCUGAGACAGCUCUGCUAAAAUUCUCAGAGGUCAUCCUGGGGGACGUCAUGGACAUUCGCAAAAGACAUCACAAAGUUGCUGAAAUCCCUUUCAACUCAACCAACAAGUUCCAGCUCUCCAUCCACCAUAUGGACAACCCCAGCGACCCACGCUUCCUCCUGGUGAUGAAGGGGGCACCGGAGCGGAUCUUGGAGAAGUGUAGCACCAUCAUGGUUAAUGGGCAGGAGCAGCUCCUAGAUGCUAGCAUGGCAGAGGCCUUCCACACGGCCUACAUGGAGCUGGGGGGCCUGGGAGAGCGCGUACUGGGGUUUUGCCACCUCUACCUGCCAGCAGACGAGUUUCCAGAAACUUACUCCUUUGAUGUGGAUGCUAUGAACUUUCCCACUUGCAACCUCUGUUUUGUGGGACUUUUGUCAAUGAUUGACCCUCCUCGGUCCACUGUUCCUGAUGCAGUUACCAAGUGCCGGAGUGCAGGGAUCAAGGUCAUUAUGGUGACAGGUGACCAUCCCAUUACUGCCAAAGCCAUUGCCAAGAGUGUCGGCAUCAUUUCAGCCAACAGUGAGACGGUGGAGGACAUUGCAAAACGUCUCAACAUUGCUGUGGAGCAGGUUAAUAAGCGAGAUGCCAAAGCCGCCGUGGUGACAGGCACAGAGCUGAAAGACAUGAAUCAGGAGCAGCUGGAUGAGCUCCUGGCCAACUACUCGGAGAUAGUCUUUGCCCGGACUUCCCCCCAGCAGAAGCUGACCAUCGUGGAAGGCUGUCAGAGGAUGGAUGCAGUGGUGGCUGUGACCGGGGAUGGUGUGAAUGACUCCCCAGCACUGAAGAAGGCAGACAUUGGAAUCGCCAUGGGGAUCGCGGGCUCAGAUGCGGCCAAGAACGCAGCAGACAUGGUGCUUCUGGACGACAACUUUGCAUCCAUUGUCACGGGGGUGGAGGAGGGCCGCCUGAUCUUUGAUAAUCUGAAGAAAACCAUUGCGUACACGCUGACCAAGAACAUCGCAGAGCUGUGCCCCUUCCUGAUUUACAUCAUGGCAGGCCUGCCCCUGCCCAUUGGCACCAUCACUAUCCUCUUCAUCGACCUGGGCACAGACAUCAUCCCAUCCAUCGCCUUGGCUUAUGAGAAAGCAGAAAGUGACAUCAUGAACAGGAAGCCUCGCCACAAGAAGAAGGACAGGCUGGUCAAUGCACCCCUGGCCAUAUAUUCCUACUUGCACAUCGGCCUCAUGCAAGCACUGGGAGCCUUUGUGCUGUACUUCACCGUGUAUGCCCAGCAAGGUUUCCGCCCCAACACCCUCCUGAACCUGCGGGUAGACUGGGAGAAGGACUCUGUGAAUGACCUGGAGGACAGCUACGGACAAGAAUGGACAAGGUACCAGCGGAAAUACCUUGAGUGGACAGGCUACACGGCUUGCUUUGUUGGCAUCAUGAUCCAGCAGAUCUCAGAUCUGAUCAUCCGGAAAACUCGAAGGAAUUCUCUCUUCCAGCAGGGCCUCUUCAGGAAUAAAGUAAUCUGGGUGGGGAUCACCUCACAGAUCCUCAUUGCCUUAGUCCUGUCCUAUGGCCUGGGGAGCGUCACUGCCCUGAACUUCACCAUGCUCCGGCCUCAGUACUGGUUCGUGGCCAUCCCUCAUGCCAUCUUGAUCUGGGUAUAUGAUGAGGUCCGGAAGAUGUUCAUCCGACUCUACCCAGGAAGCUGGUGGGAUAAGAACAUGUACUACUAAGAUGCCUCGACUGCCCUGGCUCCUGGCCACAUGAGGGAUGUCCUUCUACACUGUUCUGCUGCUGGCUAGAAGUGGCUUCAGAGAGGCUGUCACCCCAGCACCCACAGAAGGUGGGGUCCUUUGAAAGAAGCUGGUGAGAGGAUCAAGUCCCAGAUUCAGCUGCCCAUCAUGUGCAGACCUGUGCCCCUUUCCGUCUUUAAUGUUGUGUGAGUGUCUAGGUGACAGGGUAGUGAGGAUGCUCUUGUUAUCAGUGUGUGUGAUCUAGAUACCUGCCGGGUUCCCCCUGCCCCUUGGAACUCUGCACAGGACAGUUCAGUCCUAUGCCCUCCCUAUGGUUUCCUUGAAUCCAGAGCACUUCUAUUUUCAUUCCCACCUUGCUCCUGGAAGGCUAUUUUGGCCAAAAGUUUGCUAGAGAUGGAAAGUAGUGACAGGUUUACAUCACUGCUACUGAAUCGGAGGUACUCACAGCUGGCUGCCCUCCACUCUCAUUCCUGGGCCCAACUUCUUCCCUCACAAGCCAUUUGGCACCUCUUCCCACCUGGACUCCCCUGUGCCCUCACACCCACCACGCACUCUGUCAUACUGAGUUCCAGUCCAUUUGGCACAUGAAACUCCAACUUGUCAGCUGACUCAAAUGAGCUUUUGCCAGGAUUCACACUCAGGAGCAAGUCCUUGUGGCUUACAGCCCAGGAGAGAUCUGAGGUGGUAGAGCACAGGACUUGCAGACAUGAAGUCCUGAGUUCCAACAUAGACCUGUAUAUGCCAGAGUGAUUCAGACCACUUCUCUCCCUCCUCCUCCUCCUUCUCCUUCCUCUCUCUCUCUCUCUUUCUCUCCCUCUCUUUCUCUUUCAAUAAGUAAAUCUUAAACAUAUAAAAGCCAGCAUCAAAAGACAAAGGCUAUGAUACUUAUUUCUUAGAAAGUUCUCUCCAGGUUGUGGGGACAAAGGAACCCUCCUGCACUCAUGGUGGGAAUGUCAAUGGGUCCAAUCCCUGUGGAGAGCAGUCUGGAGAACUUUCAGAAGGCUAGAAGUGGACCUACCUUAUGACCCUGCAAUUUCUCUCCUGGGGAUAUAUCCCAAGGAACCAAACACAUCCAUCCAAAAAGACCUGUGUACACCUAUGUUCAUUAAGCACAAUUUGUAAUAACCCAAACCUAGAGGAAACCCAGGUGUCUAACAACUGAUGAGUGACUGAGCAAGUUGUGGUCUAUAUAUACAAUGGAAUAUUACUCAGCUAUUAAAAAUGGCGAAUUCACCUUUUUUGUCCCCUCUUGGAUGGAGCUUGAAGGACUAUGUGAAGUGGGAUAAGUCAGAAACAGAAGGAUGAAUAUGGGAUGAUCUCACCCAUGGACAGAAGUUGAAAAACAAGAUCAGAAGGGAAAACACACAGAAGAACUUGGACUACAGUUGGUGUAUUGCACCAAAGUAAAGGACUUUGGGGUGUAGGGGGAGGGCUCAGGUCUUAGAACAUGAUGGCAGAGGAGGACCUAGUGUGGGGGGGUUUAGACUGUUAUGUGGAAAAAUGAGAAAUUUCACACAUGUGCCAACUACUGCAUUUUACUAUUGACUGUAAGCCAUUAAUCCCCCCACUAAGGAAAAAGAAAAAGAGGGGAAAAAUAAAGUUCUCUCCACAUGA